UUCUUAAUAGGUGUAGACUUAUUUCGACAACAAAAAACUUAAAAAUGUCAAAACGUCAAAACAAGGUUAUAAAUUCCGCCACACUUCCGACGUACCAAUCAAAAUUUAACGUCACAAACGCAGUUCUAGCCCACCCACUGACCAAAUGGCCUUUGACGUGUCAGAAUCCGCCUCCAUCCCCCUCCUCGACGGCACCUCGGCCGGCUCCUUCCCCCUCAGUAAAUCCGCCUCCCUAAUCCCCGUCCACCACUACUUCCGCUCGGGUAACCAAAUGUGGGCCGCCGAUAUGUACAAGGAGCAAACCAAGAACGAACGCAGCAACUUCCUCAUGAGUCCCUUCGCCGCCCAGCUCCUCCUCGCCCUAACCCAAUCCGGCGCCAAAAGCGAAACCGCCCUCGAGCUCCAGACCAAGUUGCACUUCCCCCUGGACGACCGCACCAUCCGCGCCGGAGUCACCGAGUGCCUCAACUUCUUGCGCAGCCCCAAGGACUUCCAAAUCAUCCCGGUGAACAAAAUCUACGUCAGACAUAACUUGCGGGUCAAGCAGGAGUUCAAGCAGUUGGCUAACGCGGAGUAUAAAGCCGACGCGGAUAAUGUAGAUUUUUCGCAGAAAGUAACCGCCGCCAAAGUCAUGAACGACUGGGUGGCGGUGCACACCAGGAACCAGAUUCAGGACGUGGUGAGCGCGGAGCAGCUGCGGACCAACGUGGGGGCGGUAAUGGUCAGCGGGUUGUACUUCCAGGGGCGGUGGGAUAAGCAGUUCUCGAAGCAGUUGACUAAGAUGGAGGAUUUUUUCAAGGAUGGUGUCGAUGUGGUGAAGGUGCCGAUGAUGCACGUGCAAGGGUACUUCCAGUAUUGUAAGUCGGCGACGCUUCAGACGAAGUUCUUGGAGAUGCCGUUCAAAGGGGGGCAGGUUUCGAUGAUAGUGGCGUUGCCGUUAACCAAGGACGGGUUGCACGCUCUGGAGGAGAAGGCGGACAAGGUUUUGUGUAAAAUGAAGUUUAAAGAGGAGUUGAUUAACUUGACGUUGCCGAAGUUUCAGCUGGAGAAGUGUACGGAUUUGAAGAAGAUUCUGAUGCAGAGAGGGAUUCAGACGCUUUUUUCGAAUCAAGCGGACUUGAGUGGAAUUGCUGGAAAAAAGGGGGAAUUGAGCAUUGAGCUUAUUUUGCAGAAGACCGCGGUUCGGAUUGACGAGGAAGGGGCGACGACACCGUCUACAACUGACACCACACACAUCGAGUCUUCUCUUUUCAAAACCCAACCGAAGGACUUCAUCGUAGAUCACCCUUUCAUGUUCUACGUCUCAACCGACGAAAUUAUAUUGUACGCGGGAAGAGUUUUAGAUCCGAGGAAAUAA